UUAGAAUGGAAAUAGGGAAAGAGGAUAAAUAGAUAAUAUAAAAUAAUAAGUUUUUGUUGUUGUAACUUCAGACAACAUUACAAAUAGUCCAAAACUUUGCUAGUCUAAUGAGCAUCCGGCAGUGAGUCUAUGGCUUAUAAAAUGCAAUAGUCAUACAACACGCUUAUGCCAUCUAGUAGUACACGUUUAAGUCUUCACACACAGCUAAAAGUGGGUAGAAGGAAAAGGCUCCCCCGGGCAACUAUCCUUUAGGGAUAGUUAAAAAAUUAGCAUAUCACCACUUUUAGCGGCUAUAAAAGCUGUGGCGUAGACAUUUUCGCAUUUAGUAGUUAACGGAUUUAACUGAGCAUUAUGGAAGUCAGCAAUAGAAGCUCACCAGCAACAUUACCACAAGUGGAUAUAAAUUUGCCAUCGCCAUUAAAGAAUGACGAUUCUUUGAGUACCAUAUCUGGACUUAGUGAAGUGCCGAGCGAUAUUAUUAUUAAAUCGCGUAUUAAAUAUGGCUCAAGAUGGUCUGCCUGUAAGGGGUUGAUUAUGGAAUAUUCCAAAAAUACAACCAUACAUGGAUUACGUUAUCUGGUGGAAUUGCAUAGACCAUUUUAUGAAAAAUUAUAUUGGUUCAUUGUGCUAGUAAUUUCGGUAUAUUUCGCGAUUUCGCUCAUUUGGGCCACUUACCUUAAAUGGCAGGACACACCUGUAAUAUUGGGUUUCGAUGAAACUCUGGUCCCGGUGCAUAAGAUACCUUUCCCUACGAUCACCAUAUGUCCAGAAAUAAAAAUGGAACGCAAUGUUUUCGAUUUCACCAACUUUUCGAGUCGCAUAUUGGAAGAGAUACAAAAAUAUGGUUCAAUCGAAAACUACGAAGACUUAAGUGACACGGAUUUCGAACGUUUUAUGUCCACUUUACAUAUUUGCGAAACUGAAGUUGUGCAACGUUUUGCAAAAUAUUUACCGAAGAACUUUAGUCACAACAUUACUCAAACGCUAGUUGAUAUAUCCAUUUCAAAGAAUGAGACUGGCCCUUUCUGUAAGUGGAAUGGUCGAUUUUAUUUUUGUGAUAAAAUAUUUAAUUUUGUCGCAACCGACGAGGGUAUUUGCUAUCAAUUCAAUGGUCUACAGGCUAAGGAUAUAUAUCGAGAUGUCAGCUUUCUUAAUUAUUAUGAUGAGGAAGUGGUCGACUUUAACAAUUUCUUCGAACCGCUUAAACGUUUUAACGAGUUAACUGGUAAUUGGUCAUUGGAUGAUGGAUAUGUGGGUCAAGGCUACAAUUCUUAUCCUCAGCGUACUGUAUUUUCAUCUGCACGCAAUGGAUUUUUUGCUUUUCUACAAGGAUUCCAGCACAAUUUCGAAUAUGCUUGUCGUAGUUUCAAACAAGGUUAUAAGGUUUUUCUCACGUCCCCUGAGAGCGUACCGGUGACAACGAGUAAUUACAUUUUGUUGCCGCACGGCGACGAAGUGAUGGUUAGCGUACUGCCGCACUAUGUGAUAUCCACGGAUAAUCUGCAUGACUUCAGUCCAGAGAAACGACAGUGCUACUUCAAUGACGAACGUUAUUUGCGUUAUUUCCGCUCCUAUUCGCAAUCCAACUGUCAGGUGGAGUGUCUAACCAAUUUCACAAUAAAUAAAUGUGGUUGUGCUAAGUUUUGGAUGCCAAAGCCACAAGAUGUGCCGGUCUGCGGUGUGGAGAACAUUGCCUGCUAUGAUACUGCACAGUCUGAAUUGAGCAUCCUUAUACAGAAUCAAACUAUGCAGGCCACCAUGGAUCCGAAUGCGAAAAUCAUUUGUGACUGUAUGCCCGCCUGCACCUCGCUCGAUUACAAUGUGGAGAUAUCGAGUGCACGCUAUGAGUUGAACAAAACAUUGCAGGCUUUCCGUGAGGUCUACGAGCAUCCGGAUUUCUUGGGUUCACGCUUGUCAGUCUACUUCAAGGAGCAUCAGUUCACGGCCAUCAAACGCACUGUGCUAUUCAGCAUCGCCACCUUGAUAGCCAACUGGGGUGGCAUUCUCGGCUUAUUUAUGGGUAUUUCCAGUUUGAGUCUCAUCGAAUUGGUGUACUUCUUCUCGGUACGUUUAUAUGACAAUUUGCGCAAACGUCGUCAAACCAAAAAGCGUUUGAUGAAAUUGGAAGCAGAUCAUGAGAAUUAAAUUUAUAAGAUAUAUGAUUGCAAUAUCUUCUAGACAGAAUCUUUAGCAUGAGAUAUACAUACUAGCCUUUGCCAUUUUAAGUAGCUGAUUUUUUUUAAAUAUACAUGCAUGUGCUUCACUCCUUUUGAAUAAAUAAAACAAAAUCUAGUUGUUGACCACUUUCGCUCCAUACGCCUAUCAUUGAUUGAACUUAAGU